AGAUGGAGCGUCAGUUCCUGGCGCUCAGACAGGGUACUCGUUCUGUUGACGAGUACGAGAGAGAGUUUACCCGACUCAGGGCCUUUGUUCCCGAUCUAGUAAGUACAGAGGCGAAGAGAGCUCAUCAUUUUACCGACGGACUUCUCCCAGCAGUCCGUCACAACAUCGUAGGUCACGGCAUCCAGACCUACGCCCGCACAGUCGCCAUUGCUCAAGAAGUGGAUGCUAGUAUCCGACGAGAAGCUAUUCCGACUCCAGCACAGCCAGUUGCUCAACCACCUGCCCAGCCCAACUUUGCCCAACAACCAAAGAACAAGAACAAAAGGAAGCUUAAAGGGGGUCCAGAUGAUCGCAGGAACUGCCAGAGGCAGCAGCCAUCGAUACCAGCUUGCCCCACAUGUGGACGACGUCACCGUGAAGAAUGUCUUGUGGGCCAGAACAUUUGUUUCUUUUGUCGCCAACCCGGCCAUAUCAUCCCCAACUGCCCAGAACGACUGCAACAACAACCGCAACAACGACAACCUCAACAACAGCAGCCCAGGCAACAGCCACCACGACCCCAGCAACAGCCACACGGCAGACAACAGGCCCGUGUCUUUGCAGUUGACCAGAGGGAGGCCGACCAGCACCCAAGUACCAUGUCUGGGAUGAUUGUUCUUGAUGAUAUGCCUGUUUACGCCUUAUUUGACACUGGAGCAACCCAUUCUUUUAUAUCACGCCGAUGUCUCGAAGCUAAAAGAGUUCAUUCUAUUACCACUGUCGAUCCUCUCGAGGUGAGUUUAGCCUCGGGACGAAAGAUAGUGACUGAUGUUAGAGCCACAAAUCUCAGCCUUUCCAUCGGUGGCCGUAUUUUGACUACUGAUGCUUAU